UCUUGUAGAUUCUAGAAAACUCCGCUCGUUUGCUUUACGCCGGGAAAAAAAACGAGUGCACCGCUUCAUGUCCGUUUCCCCAAUAACAUUUGUAAAGGACAUGCACAAGGCCCACACCUGCUCUAUCUAUCUUUGGCAAAGCUUACCUGGAGAGCUUCGACUGUUUAUCAAGACCUGAUCUAUGUACGACUGUUAGGAACGAUGCUACGUAGGAGUAAAAACUUGAGCUAUGUUCUGAGCCUUGUCCCGGGCAAACGUCGUCUUGGGACGUACAGGUUCCUUCCCAUCUUUUUUUGCAUCGGAGGCGUCAUGGAGUGGAUCAUGAUCAACGUGAGGAUAGGAAAAGAGACUUUUUGUGAGUGUAAAAUGGCAAAUUGGGUUUUUUUUCAGGCAUGGUUUAACUUUAGCUUACGUUAGCAUAUUGGGGACUUC